AUGGAAAGCAUCGAAUCUGAGAACGAGGAAGACAUAUCCAAACCUAAAGUCGAAAAAUUGAACUUCUUCCAACGAACAUGGCAAGAUUUAAAAGCUGCUCUUAUGGGAACUCUAUUUGUUAUGGCAAACGACAGCCAAGCUUCAUUCAAAAUGAAUGUUUUCGCAAUGUUUAUUGAUUCAUUUCAGCUGAUGGCAUUUCCUUUCAAUGACCGUAUUCAGUUUCCUUGAAAUAAACAGUACUCGUCGUUUGUCUUUUUAGCAUGCUGAUUUAUGGAAAUGGAAUUUUAUAUAUCAGACUCCAGUGCCCUACAAAAUUUAACUAUUUAUUUAUGCCUUGUGUUUUUUGUUAUUGUAAAUUUAAUGAAUUUUGCUAUAGUUGGAUACAGAUUUAUAAACAAAAAAGUACAAAAUGUAUUUUUACUAAAAACUUUAAGGUCGGUUUCUUCGCUUUUGACAACCUCUUUGUAUAUGCCUUUUUUAAGCAUUUUUAUUACCAUUUUAGGAUGCGCUGUACGCUUAGACGACAUGGAUGGGUGCCCAAAAGACCAAAGCUGACUACUGAUCAUUUCUUCAAUUGUAUUUUCAAUCGUUCUAGGAGUAAUGAGCUUGAUUGUCGCUGCAAGCUAUUAUGAAUUAGAAUACACAAGCGACGACAUAGUAGCGAGGCCUCACGCAAGGGUUGAGUUGGCAUUUUUUGUAAUUAAAGGAAUCAUUACUUUUUUUACCACAAUGUUUUUUAAGCCUGAAUUCUGGGUGAUGCUCUAUUUUAUCCAGCUUUUUUGUGGAGUUACAAUGACUUAUUUAUAUAUGUUUUAUUUGCCUUAUUAUGACUAUAGGACAAAUAAACUGCAGACACAGUUUUUGGGCAUAUUCACUUGGUCAGCAAUUUGUCUAACUUUCCCACUUUUUAUAACCGGCGAAGAAGAUCCUGUAGGUAUUACACUGUUUUAUAUCGGAUGCCCUUUAGCAUGAAUUUUUGUAGGGGAAGGCUGCAAUAUGCGAAGGGAAGUGCUGCUGAAGAAGACAAUAGACACUGUUAAAAAUCCUUAUGAAGUAGAGCUUCAUACAAGAUUUUUGCUAAUAAAAAGAGCUGGAACAUAUAAGACUGAUGAUGCAGAGCUAUUAGAUGAAAUCGAGGAUUUCUAUUACCAGGCUGAAAGAAAGUUCCCAAGGUCAAGUAUUUUAAAAAUCUUUGUAGCUCAAUUUCAGUUGACUUACAAAAGCCGACAAGAAGCAAUUUCAAAGCUGGAUCAAGCCGAAAAAAGAAAUCCAAAGCUUGAUGAGCAGUUUAUUAUAUAUAAAACUCGGCAGAACGUAGGACAAGAUGCAAUUACUAUGGUCACAUUUGACAGUUAUUUAGAAUCUGCCCAUCUUGCUGAGGUCCAGGUGUUAAAGGCUCAAACAGAAUUUUGGAUGAAGCUGAGUGAGAGUAAAGCCCCUGUCUUUGACAACUUGACAUCAUUGUCAAAAAUAAUAACAAAGAACCUCGACAAAGCUUACACUUACUACCAAUAUUUAAUGAAAGUCGACAGAACGCACCAAAAAAUGCUCCCAAUGUAUGUGUAUUUUUUGCAGGACUUGAUGUUUAAGUUUAAGUUUAAUGAAUUACUCUGGCAAAUUGCCUUUAGUCUUCUUUUACUUGAGGGUCCAGCUACAUUAACAGCUCUGAAUAAUGGUAUGUGGACCAGCCUAACCGUCAAACCGUUAAAGUUAAUAAGCCCGUUAAGACUUCUCUAGUCAGUGCCAGCCUCAGUACCAACCUCUUCUCUUCAAGCCGAGACUCUCAAAAAGCUUGACUUCUCUCACUAAGCUCGGAUGAUAGGAUCAUACAUGCUUAACAGAGUUUAGGACCUAUCUCUAACUGACAUUUUUAAUAUUGUAGGACUUGAUGAACAGAGACGACUUUGAAGUGCAAAACUUACGUAACAGAAUUCAUGAUUUUAGGUCCCAAAAUUCAAUCGUAGCCGUAGUGAAAAAGGUUGAAAUCGGAAACCCUGAAGUUAUCAUAUCCAGCAAUGAUAAUUCACUUGGGCGAAUAGAUAGAGUGAACAAUAGUCUGCUUUCCUGGCUGCAAUAUCCAAAAUCUGAAUUAAUGAACCAAAAUAUUUCAAAGUUGAUGCCGAAACCAUUUGGGAGCAAUUUUUUGCGCAAAAUCACAAUGUGAAAAAAUUUCUGGGAAGAGUCUUACGACAUUGCCCCAGAAACUUUGUACUUUGUUGAUAAAACUGGAUUUAUCGACUCAGGAAUGUGCAAAUUUAUAGUUAAUAAUGAUAAAUUUAAGACAAAAAAUCAGGACACAUAUAAAUCAGACGAUUUUCCUAUGAUAAGUAAUGGGAAUUUACUUGGAAACGCGACUCCAUCAGGAAAUAACCCUUCAGAUGUUUCCUCAAAUCACCAGUGGCCAUUAACUGGAGACUCUGAAAACAAAAUAAUCUGCGACAUAACUAUAAGUGAUGAAGAAAUAAGCAUCAUUAUCCUCAAUUCAGACUUUAAAUUAGUUCAUUUUAAUAAGCAAGCACACCUAUACUUUGGCGUUCUUCCAAGUUUGCAUGUGAAUAAAGACAUAGGAGCAAUAAUAACGAAUUUUAAAGAUAUUUUCGAAAAAGCCAAGCUGAAAAUAAAGUUCAGGUCAAUUGAACGUUUGGAUUUUGAUCCUUUCAACGCUUAUGUCUUAACUCCUAGUGGCCGAUAUAUCAGGUUUACUUUCAACAUCUCUGAGCGCGCAAUAGAGAAAAAAACGUUUUAUAUAGUAAACAUUGAGAACGCGCCUUCGUAUUCAAAGUCAACUGCGCUAUUUUUGGCACAUUUUUCAAAGGUCUUAGAAUCGUUCCUAGGAAGAAGACAUACAUUUUAUUUAACAGGAGGCUCAAAUCAAGAAAGAAUGGAAAAUGGCUUAAAACGUACCAAAAAAACAUUAACGUACCUUAAGAAGCACGUUGAAGAAAAAAAUAAAUCCUUUUCUCCUUUACUUUCCAAGCUUAAUCGAGUAUUUCUUGUUUUUAAUAUCUGCAUGGUUUCUCUAAUUACUGCGAGUUUUUUCGUCACGAAAUCUACAUUCAAUCAAAUACAAAGCGACUUAGACUACAUGGGAGACCUGACAGAUAUCCAAAAUUAUAGCAUUUUACUAUCUUUUUUUGUGAGGCUACUUGAUGCUUCACAUAGCGACCUUAAAAUGCCUGAAACCAGAGAGUCCAUACUUCAGCAAUUGGAUUAUGCUGCUUUAAAUUUAAGUUCAUUAGCCACAAAAAUGGGGAGGCACCUAGACUUUGAAUGGCUGCAGAACUCAGAUGUGGACUGUUUAGCAUAUGAUCCUGAGAAAGGAUACUACAGCAAUGAUUUUAACCCAAUAAACAGCUUGCUUCAGCAGAUAACUUAUACAAAGAACCUUAUAAAAUCAAAUUCAACUGCAUGGGACGUAGAGCAUGAGCCUGCUGCUUAUUGGGUUUUUGAAAAUGGGAUGAAUUCCAUUGCAGACGUUCUGACUCACUUAUCAAACGAGCAUCAUGACCAAGCUUAUACUGAUCGACAAAAUACUUUACUGUCAGGCAUUUGAUUUGUUUUAUCAGAAGUUCUAUUAGUGUUUCUUUUAUUAUUUUUCUCAGUUCCUUUGUUCAUAAAAUCUGAGCAGAUCCAUUUGGAAGUCAUUGGAGCAUUUUUCAGUAUAAAUCAAGCACUGGUUUCAUAUCUAAAAGAAGACUCCCUGAAUAAACUAUCUAUGAGAAAAGAUGCGAAAUAUCCAGACUGUAGAGGACAAUAUAGAGGAGGUGAAGAGCUGUGGAAUGAAAUAUUUUUUUCUGAUAAAAAUCCAGAGUCAGGAUCAUUUACUCAUAAAAGAAGCAACUUGAUUUCUUACAACAGAAAAUGGGUUUCCAGGCUGAAACUGUUUGUGUCUAAUGGUCUUAUGAGGACAGUUUUGAUUUUUAGUUUAAUUUCAUUAUUCUUCGUACUAGUUGUUCAGCUUUGAAUUGGAGAAAUGGUGCCAGUUGGACUAUUAGAGCAUAGUGUAAGAAUUGUAAAAUAUUUCGGCACAAUGGAAGUUCUUCUAACAAGAUCCAAUUUAUUUUUAUUAAAUACAAUAAUGUCGACUAACAAAGGAUAUAGCGAUAUCAUAGAAAUUGAUGGGGUUUUAGCUAAUGCAUAUUUAUCGAUCGAUUAUUCGUCAAAUGAGGUUAUGAAUAGGACUGAAGAAAUAAGAAACUAUGUAGAAGUACUCCUUGUCGGGAACAGCUCAAUGGAAUUAACGUAUGACGAAAUUUAUACGUUAUCCAAAGAUCAAUUUUAUAAUGAGUUUUUUUCAGAAAGUUGUGAAGCUUUGAUACCCGGGAUUAAUUGCUCAGACUUACAAAAUGUGCUGGAUUCGGGGUAUAAGGACUCUGUUAUGUCUUUUAUAUUUGAAACGCAAGCAUUAGCUAAGAAAACGUAUGUGGAUCUUAUUGAUAAAACAGUUAAGGAGAGGUGGAAUGCUCUAGAUACUGAUUUGCUGAAUAACAUUGAGCUUGAGUAUAAAUAUCUUUGACUUAUGGGGCAAGGAGUUAAAGAAAACGUUUUGGAUUAUUUUCAUUGAAUUUCUGAAUUUUAUUAUUUAGUGAGAGAAUAUAUUUUAGUUAUUUGAUGAAUAGUCGCAGUUUUAUACUAUCUUCUUAUGUUUAGGAGGGCCUUGAUGAACCAAGAAAAAAAGAGGCGACUAUCCAGAUCUAUGCUCUUACUUUUACCUGAAAAAAUUAUCGUCAGAUCUCAAGAAGUCCAAGAAUACUUAUAUCAUAUAAAUUUGGAUUAA